GUGAAGAUAACUAUAGAGGCAUUCAGCCAAAGAUCCUUGGCGCAGACUUAGAUGAUAAAUUAAACUUUAAUAAGCACAUCAGUGAAGUAUGCAAGUGUUCCAGCCAGAAAGUGGGAGUAAUUUUAAGACUCAGAAACCUAAUCCUCACAAAAUCCAAGCUGGACCUCUAUAAAACCUCAGUCCUUCCACAAUUAACCUAUUGUCAUACAGUUUGGUACUUUUGUAAGGCACCAGACAGACGUAAACUAGAAAGAGU